AUGUACGAAAGCGUCGAAAAGGAGGGUCAACGGAAAGAUAACGAUGCAUUAGUCAAAACCGAUAGUUGUGAUCCUCUGGAAGACGCAACUCCAAACUGGAGUUGUUACAGACUGAUUAUUGAUCCGGUUUUGAACGGCGGAAGUCAGAAACUGUACCGCUAUGAUGGACAGCACUUCAGUGCGCCGCAUCCUGAAUGUUUCCCUGUGGAUGUUAUACAAGAUCCCAGAAUUGCACGUUUUUGGACAAAAUUCAAAGAAGCAGAUCUCCCAGUCCCCAAACUUAAGGUUGAUGAGAAUUAUGUUGGAGCACCGAAGGAGCUGACAUUUGCAUGGCUUAAUGACAACAUUAGAGAUGGAUUCCUAUCUGAAAUGUGUAAAAACUUUGGAGAGGUUCAAGAUUUGAAAGUUUUAUACAAUCCAAAGAAUAAGAAGCAUUUAGGAAUAGCAAAAGUUGUUUUUGAAUCUGUAAAGGCAGCAAAUAAUGCAGUAAAAAACCUCCACAACACUUCUGUGAUGGGAAACAACAUCCAUGUAGAGUUUGACCCCAAAGGUGUGAAGAGGAACCGAUACUUCCAGAUGCUUGUUAGUGGUUUAUAUACACCUUUUACUCUCCCUGUUGGAGAAGAGGCCUGGGGACCCCAGUCACCUUCCUCAUUCACUGACUCUUUGACUGAGUGUGAAACACUGAAGAAGCUGGCAUACACAUUAUCAUCAUCAUCCUCAAUAUGUAAUGGCUCCCCUUCGUUGGAUUGUUCUACUCCUUUAUCCAUGGAUACCGCCUACUCCAGCAUGCAUCAGGACACACCAAGUAGCUUCUGGCAGACCCCUCAAUACCAAGAUACCCCCUGCACCCCUUCUCUGACCCACAGUAGACCAGGCACACCAUCUCAGUGUGAGAAGACCCCAAAUGAAUCAACACUGAUAAACAGUGCCUCCAGUGUCCCUUUUAUUCAGUCCAUCCCAAACAUCUCACAGCUUCAGCCUGAUCAUGUGACUCAACCAGCCUCAAGUAAACCUAGCAUUAUUCAAGGUGCUGUGCAAAACUUUUGGAAGCUAGGUGGAGCUCCUUGUCAAAAUGACAGCUUUUCAAAUAGGCAAAGAACUCCAGGAUGCAAUCCUCACUUUAGCAACCAAAUUCGUAGAGGACACCAGGUCAGACCUCUUGAGGUCAAGUACCAAAACUCAUAUAACCGUAGGCCACAGCACCACUAUAUACAUAGACCUGUAUAUAGGGGAGCUCACUACCGCUCUGGAUCUACAGCCAAUCAACUGCCUUUUAGAAAAUUUCAGGAUGCUCCAACCACACCAUCACAGCUCACAGGCCAAAACUUUACUGGCUCAAUCAAAGGCCUCAGUGUUAAACACAGAUCUGUUGGAGAAGAUCCUCCAUCACUUCCAAAUUUAGAUAUACUGCCUCAAAAGGCAAUUGGAGUGGAUGUUUGUCACAUUCUUCUUGAUAUACAUAUAAAUGCAAAUAAGUCAGAAAAUAAUUUCAGUGGUACUCAAGUACCUUUUAAGACAAUCCAUGAGGUUAACCAAAAUCACUCAUAUACUCCAAACUCUUCCUCUGAAACCACAGAAGAUUAUUCAGAGCCUACAGAGCAUUGUCCUUCUCCUGAAUCUGAAUCUCCUGGUCUGGAAUCAAAGCCUGACAGCCUGGACUUUCGCAUCCAGAUGCUUCUUAGUGGUGGAAGUCCAGUUCUGCCUCUUCUGAACCAAGAAAGUUCAGACUCAGAGACUUCAGCUACUGAAGAGCAUGGUCCAUACUAUCAUCCUCAACCUUCUCCCAAAGCUCCCAGCCCCUCUCCUUCUCGUUCCACAGAUGUUGUCCUAAACUGUGACCAAACAUCAUCUAUUGCGAGUAAUAAUGGCUCUCAUCCAAGAGAAACUUUAUCUGGUAUUGAGGAUGUGAGCCUCACUUCUCUCUGUGAUGUGGGAAAAGAAGACCAUGAACUUCAAUCAGCUAAGAAGACCAAGGUCAACCCAAAUGAAGUUGAAGAUACUUCAGAUCAGCCGUGUAGUAUACCAGUGAUCUGCAGUAACAGGAGCUCUUUACCUCCGACCAUUCCUCAAAUGCCCCCACCUCCAAUCCCUAUAUCACCACCUGCUCACUACCCCUGCCUUCCAUCUCCUAAUUUACCCUCAAAACUGGGUCCUCCUCCACCAAUGGCUCCAUUGUUACUUGGAUACACUCUGCCUAGUUCUUCUUGUUCAUUGUACCCUCCUCCAAAGAUCCAGCAAGUCUGUAGGCCACCCAACUGGCAGGGUAGCCAAGUACCUCUUCCCAUUCCUACUAGAAUAACACAAGGGCAAACCUCAUUCUCACCUCCCUUCCUCCCUCCAACCUUCAAUUUCAUGACUCAUCGCCCACCAUACCCUUCCGCUGGGUGUUCAUCUACAAUGUUGAGGUACAGACCACCUUGGCCUCCACCCCCCAUGCCCAGGUUUGACCCCUCAGUACCUCCACCGGGGUAUGUCCCUAUGAAUGAAUCACCCCAUAAGGCAACAGUGGAUGGAGUUGUAGCUGUUGUUGCUUCAGAGCUAUGGGCUAUCGUAAAGAAAGACAUACAUCGCAGGAUGAUUGAGAUUGUUGCCUUCAAAGUGUUUGAUCAGUGGUGGGAUGAUAAAGAACAGGUGGCUAAGGUAUCCACACCAACUGUUAAAUCGGGAGGAAAUAAAGAUACAAUGCUCAGAGCGAUGGAGCAGAGCCUAAGAAUGGGGAAUGCAGGGGUUGAAGGCUCUGUAUUGGGCACAGGAAAAUUAAGUCUGCAUGGUGGCAUCAAACUACCAUCUUUUAAGAGGAAGGAUCCAUUAACUGAGGCCUCCAGUGAUGUCAAAAGGAUCUGCCCUUCUCCUGGUCUUGAGCACUCGGAGGAUGAAGAAUCAGUGCAGCAAACUGCCCUAAAUAAUGUUGAAGAGGACACAACCAAAAAUCCCAGUGAGGACACUAUGGUGAAACGCAGGCAUUCCAGACCUCUGGCAUUAGAUAGUGAGGAAGAAGAAGAUGAAGAGGUUCCUGACAAAGCAGAGAAUCCAAAAUCUCAUGAGGGUGAUGAGAUGAAAGUUGAUGAAGUACGUAAAGAUGAGAAGAGUGAUCCUAGUGGUAUCACAGAGGAUGAAGAUCGCUCAGAUACAGAUACUAUCAGUCACACAAGUUCAAACUCAUCUGCUUCUAAAAGCCAAGGAUACGACUCCUUAGACUCUCCCAGAACUGUCUCUGACUCCUCAGAUUCUUCUCCAUCUGGUAUUGACUCCUCAGUUUCCUCUGUAUCUGUCUUUGACUCCUCAGAUGACAGAAGCGAUGAUUCCUCAGACUCUCUGUCUUCUGGAGAGGACGAUCAGUUGGAUUAUGAAAAUUAUUUUCCUGAAACUCCACAUGAGGACAGAAAAAUAGAAGAGAUUAUAUGGAUUUCUUCAGAUGAGAAUGAAAAUGAAAAUCAGGAGAUCACUCACCCUCUUGUUUACUCGUCUUUUACACAAUGGGAAGAUCUUGACCCCCCUGUGACCCCGUCUGCUCCAGAUUUAAUAGAAAGUGAUGUGGACCAUGAAUUGUUCGAUUUGGAUCCAGCUAGCACAGAAGACCCAGAGGAGGAACUGAGCGUAAGAGUUUAUAUGCAAGGUCUGAAACUACCUGAGCCUCUCAGAUACACCUUACAGGACCCAGUUAAACACAGUUUAACAAAGAAACUAAAGCUCCCAGACCCGGUGAUAUUCUUCUCAGACCAGGAGUCAGAGCUGCCAAGCCCACCGUCUCCCACAUACAGAGGAUUGUCAGAUGAUUUGGAGACACAAUACACUUCAGAUUCAGAGAACCAGAGAGUCCUUACAGAAACACUGGAGGAUUCUGAGAACCUCAGACCCAAUACACCCACUGGAUCCUUGUCUGACAUUGACCCUGAAAUGGAGCUGGGACGCCGAUUUUCACCUCCUACUAUUGAGGAGGUGGAGCUGCCUCACACACCUGGGGGAUGUCUGGAAAUGGAGGAGACUGAGGAUCAUAUUUUACCUCCAGGACCACCAACACCACUACCACCUCCUCCCUCUCCCACAGGCAUCCAGGAACUUUCCUCCUCACCCAUUUAUCACUGUCCUCCUCUCCCUUCCUCAUACCCCACGUAUGAGGAAAUACCAAAAACACCAGGCCGGGUCAAUGGACCAUGCCACGUUUAUCACUCUGAGGGAAUAACACCAGCGGGAUUACUGCAAGAGACCUCACUGAGAAUGGGAAGCCCCUGUAACCCCGUCCUGUCUCCAUGUGCUGACAGCGGGAUCCCGAGGACUCCAGGGAGAGACAUGUCUCCAUCUCCACCUGUCCGAACCCAUAGAGAGCUGUGGGCUAGUGCACUCCAUCAUCACAACUCAGAGGUGCAAACUAACUAUUUCAGUAUAAAUAGUAGUCAUGCACCUCACGACCGUCAUAUCUCCUCACGUCGAAGAGCUUGUUUAGACACGGCACGCUUGAAAAGGCGGCGAGAGCGGCUUAAAAUGAGAAGACGAAUGAUUGAAUUACAACGGACAAGACAGUACACAAAUAUAAAUACUCAUUCGCCCUUACAAGUGAACAAUGUGACAACAAAAUCUUCUUCAAAUCGGGUUUUGAGGCCUUUGGAUUGUGUCUCGGAUAUUAGGACUGAACAAAAACCACCAGAAGCCCAUCGAGAGAAGUGUUCGGUAGAAGACAAACGCCAACCGAAUGAGAAUCAAAGGCUUCAGGAGUCUUCUUAUGUGUGGAGAAGGUGGAGAGAACCAUCAUCGACACGUCGCCUCAUCUUCUCUCCACGUUCUGAGAGAAGAGAGAAGUUGGUCCUCCAUGCUGUGUGGACUAAAGGGGUGAAUGAGGAGGAGAUCAAUCACCUGAAGGCCACCUAUGAGAGGCUUGUGGUGGAGGAUAAAGAAUGUGAUUGGUUGAACAGCACACGCUGGGUCCCACAUCCUCCAACCAGCACUCCUGACGACAGGUCUAGAAGAUGGCGGGAUGGAAUCAGGAAUCAUGUGACAGGCUGUGCACGCAGUGAGGGUUAUUACUUCAUCAGCAAGACGGAAAAGCUGCGAUAUCUCAGGGAUGAACUUUCUGCUUCAGAAGAGUUUAUUUCAAAUAAUCAGGGGAAAAGUGUGCCAGCUCAGAUUCCAUCUUCAUCCAGAUCAGGAUCAGAACUCCGAGCAGAACAGCGUCGCCUGUUGUCCUCCUUCAGCUGUGACAGCGACCUCCUCAAAUUCAACCAACUCAAGUUCCGUAAGAAGAAGCUGCGUUUUGGCAGGAGUCGUAUUCAUGACUGGGGGCUGUUUGCAGAGGAACCCAUUGCUGCAGAUGAAAUGAUAAUUGAAUAUGUAGGCCAGAGCAUUCGACAGGUGAUCGCAGACAUGCGUGAAAGGCGCUAUGAAAAGGAAGGUAUUGGAAGCAGUUAUCUGUUCCGGGUCGAUCAGGACACUAUCAUUGAUGCAACCAAGUGCGGUAACCUGGCAAGAUUCAUCAAUCACAGUUGCAAUCCAAACUGCUAUGCCAAAAUCGUCACUGUCGAAGCUCAAAAGAAGAUAGUCAUCUACUCUCGGCAACCUGUUAAUGUAAAUGAAGAGAUCACUUACGAUUACAAAUUCCCUAUUGAGGAUGAGAAGAUCCCCUGCCUGUGUGCUGCGGAGAACUGUAGAGGAACCCUCAAUUAGACAAGUUCUCAUCUUGUACACUCAAAGUAUUAGCAGUAAACAUGUUUCAGUUAACAUGAACCUGAAGGGUUUUAAAUAUAUUCACAAGGACGUAACAUAUUCCUGACUGUCACAGACAUUUGUCAUUUUUCACAGGGGCAAAUGACAAUCUAACAUGAAGGUAAAUGAGUAAUCAUUUCCAGAAGCUCAGAUUUUAUAUUCUGCGUGUUUAAAUUCUGAAAAUGU